AGCAUGUUCUAAAAAAUUGCAAUGAGCUCAUCUUUUUGUUCUCACAUGAUUCUUCAGAAGCAAUUUCAUUGUGAGUUGUUUGCUUUUCAGCAUGAAUCAGCCACAAGAAGUGUGGAGAAAACUGUUUGGGAGGAAAUUCGCAACUUCAAGAAGUGUCUGAUUAUUAUGUUUGCAAAGCAAGAGAAAGAUGUGGUUUUUCUUGAAACAGUUGUGGGCUUGGCAAAACAACGUCGCCAUUGCUUGAUUGAGUGCAUUCCUUUGCCUCAAGGAAUAGCAAAAGAGGCCCCUCUAUAUUUUAAGAAGGCUAUCGAUGAAGCAGAGGAAGAGUGGAGCCAGCACAAUGCAAAAAAACUGAUAGAUACAAGUGUGAAGGGAUUGCGUGGAUCAAUCCCAGAGAACUUUCCGUACUUCCACGUAGAAUUCGGGUUAAACAAGGGGUUUGUGCAUGUGAUAGAUGACGAGGACAAUUUCAAGACCAGCUUUGGCCUCAAUGUGAUCAGAGGCAUGUUACAGCUAGCUGAGGAAGAUAUGCAUCGGGGACGUAGAUACGAAUCUGUUGAGGUGCAAAAGCAGGCUGUGGCGAACUUCUUACAGGAUUGGGAGCCUUUUGACUGGACAAAACAACUAUGAAUAGUCUCCAAACACUGUUAUACAGUGAAAUAUGCCGCAGGAUCUCAACCAAAACAGGAGUUCAAUGAAAGGGAAAAACAAGGAUAAUCUCCAGCCCGAUCCGAGAGCGCUACCCUUAUUGUUCGUCGAUCUGAGGAUGAAAAGUUAUGCAAUGAUUGUGCUGAUUGCCAAAGCUAACUUUAAACAUUUCAUCCCAAAUGUGGCUCACGAAGUUCUUAUCUCUACGGGAGACGAUUGAUCUAGGAAAACUACGAAGACCCACAUCUCCUUGAUGAAAACAUUCAGUGUCUUUGAUUGAGAAGAGAUGACACACCGUAAUAAAAUGACUACUUAAUCUUCCAAUGGAUAUGAUUUUCGUAUAUCCAAAAAUCAUUUUAUGAAUGAUUUAAUUGAAAGUUCAAUGGGUAUAUAUACAGCUACUUUGAUAGUGAUACAUUUCAAAAUGUAGGUUUGUAUGCAUCAUACUAUGCAAUCGUGACGUUGAUUUCA